AUGGUUCGCGGCGAGGCUCACCAGACCAAGGUCCACUACAAGGGUCAGGAGGACGACUUUAUCGUCUUCGUCGAGGAUGUUGAGCUGUUCAAGAAGUGGAAGACCGACAAGUCCGUCCCUCUGGCGCACUUCAUUUCAUCUUACAAGAUUUUCGUGACGCACAAGCAAGGCAACCAAGGCACCUUCGAUGCCGCCUCCAAGUCCACGUUGGAGAAUGAGUUCGGCACCAGUGUCGACGACAAGGUGAUUAUUCAAAUCCUAGAGAAGGGUGAGGCUCAGAAUGCCGAGUUCCCUGAACGUCAAGGAAACAAGAACGAUUCUCAAGGACCUAUGGUUGCCCACUAG